UAAUAAUUGGGGGGUCUCCAGCUCUGCCUGUGUCACAUGGAAGCGCGGUAGCCGAGCUGAGGGGAUGCGAGCCGAGAUGGAGGGGGUUUAAGGGACCGAGGAGCUGAAACCUGGCAGUCGGAGAUAAUUUUGGAGUCGCAUCAUCAUCAUCAUCAGCAGCAGCAGCAGCAUCAGAUCAGGAUAAGGAUAAAGGGGGGGACGCGGACUCGCAGGUUGAGCUCUUCCCAGCCUCCCCUCUUGGCUGGGGGUGCGCGGACAGGAUGCCACAUGAAGUGCGCUGCAUCCCCGCUCUGUGAAGCCCGUGAAGAAGGUCUGGCGGUGAUUAUGCUCGCAGGGAGCUUGAGUCAGUCCGAGGGGAAGCAGAACCUGAAGGAAGCGACCGGAGCCGAUGCUGCGCCUCUCCAAACCUCUGAGCUGAAUCCCAGUGAGACCGUGGCACUUCGCUGCGUGCAUGAGUGUAAGGGUGUAAGUGUGUGUGUGUGUGAGAGCAAGUGAGCGCCAGCGCUCCCACAUGGCCUCCAUGCAGGACGGGCUGAACUUCACGGCUCCUCCCUACGGCAAGGUCCUGCUGCUGGGCGCUAUCGCUGCUGCCUCAGCCUUUGUUGUUACCAUCCUUAUUGUGGUGCUCUGCGUGGGCUGCCAGAGGAAGGGGAAGACGCACAAUGUGCCCGGUGAAGGUGGAAAACACCGCCUCAUGGACAUGGGUAUACUCAAGCAGUCAAAGCUGCGGUCCAUCAGUAAAUCUGACAAACGUCCAGCCAGCAUGGACCUUCUGCCGCAGCCCAGCCGCUGGUCUAACUCUGACCUUCGUUCUCAAGGCAGGCAGCUUCCCCAGAUCCCCUCUGGGACUGGAGAGGACAGCGAGCACACUUAUUCAGAAGUGGGCCAACGUUCCUCCACUGCACGUACUGACGAUGCCCUCUACGCCAUGGUAGGCAGGGCCGGGCAGACGGACACUCCGGCCCCUCCGGCCGUUCCCGCCAACACCCCGGCGCCCCCGGACCCGGACGGCGAGGUGGAGGGAUCGCUGCCCGAACCCGAGGCCCCGGUCAUGUCUCCCCCACACSCUCCGGAGACGGCGGAGUACGCCUGCGUCAGGAAGCUGAGGAAGGCUGAAAAGGCGCCUCAGAAGAGGGACAGUGGGACGGAUAUGGCAGAGCCGCCCGCCCCACCUCCACGCCACGGGCCACCGUCGCAUCCCGCCCCCCCGCCGCCUCACCCCCACAGCACAAAGUUGCCUCGUAGAAACAUUGAGGCCUUCAAUGUCCCAUCAUUCCCAAAGGAAGUGAUGUUUAUGGGCAAUGGAGAGCAGUACAUCUGGAAGCCUCCGGAGGAUGAUGACGUGCUGAUGCUCCAGAAUAAAGCACUGGGUCCUCUGGGAGCCCAUUUAGUGGAGAAUAUACAACCGUCUGCCGCAGUGGUGGCUGAGAUGUACUCCAAAGUGUGCAAACCUGGAAAGAAGAAGAGAGCGAUGCCGGGUUCUCCCCCGGCGAACCUCGGCUUCCGGACCUUGGGUCGAGGCGACCGGGACCGAGACGGUGGAUUCAGCGUUGUGGUCAAACCGCAGACAUGGGCCCCUCAAGAGGGCAAAGCGGUCGGAGGCUCCCUGGACGACCACUGCUACGAGUCCAUCGGCACAGAGGAGUGCGACCCGGCGUACGACAACAUGGAAGGCGGGGGCGCCUGGAAGCGCGAGCGGCCUCCGAACACAUGUGCCACGCUGCGGCCGAGGAGGAAGAAAGCCCAGCAGCCCCUGCAGCAGCAGCACCCUCCGCCGCCGCCGCCCACGCAGCAGACGCCCAAGUUACAACACCUUCCUGCCAAAGCCCUGCUGCUGCCGGGGGAGAACCUGUACGAGAGCAUCGGCGACCUGAAGCAGGGCUCCGCCACCUCCAGCACCACCACCAUCUUCACCUUCAACGACGGCAUGGAGAUGUACGUUACAGGGCUCUGAGGCAGCGGCUGCACUGUGACCCCCUCUGAGCUGACACUGCUGGGUCCCAUCAUGCCCACCACACAUACUGUUUACAUUAACGUCACGACAUCAGGCCUUUCACAGGCGCCACGCUGCAAAAACAUCACAUAUUACCAAGUACUUUGCUCCAGUUUCUAGUGCAAAUGUCUUAGUACACUUGAAAUUAGGCAAAACAAAAUUAAAAGUAACUUUUCAGCAAGAUAUAKGAGCUUGUUUUAGUCAAUAAUUGCUUUAGGGUGACCUGCUAUGCUUCCUUGAACAGGUUAGGAGAUAUUUCUGGGCUUUKCAAAUUCAAAUUCAGAAACACUUUAUUCAUCCCAAAUUAAAUGUUGUUAUAAUUCAUUAAUUAAAAUUUUGCAAAGAAUUGCUGUAGAUGGUGAUGACUGUUGGCAGGGAAGGUCUCUUGUAGCAGUCUGUGUUACAGCAAAUCUGAAGAAGCCUCUGACUAAAGACACUGGUGUCAUGAAGAGGAUGGCCA